AACCCGGUUUCCAGAAUUCCCAAAAAUCAAUUGACUUCAAAUGAAUCCCUUGCUUCUGUAAAAUGGCUGACAUCGUUCCAGCGUCAGUCCCUGUUCAUCCUACGAGCUCACAAAUCCCGGUCGAUCUCUUUGUCUCCAAGAAACAUCCCGGCCUUCCACGUGGCGAAUUGGGUUUCCUCGAUUCCUCCGGCGAGACCGUUUACAAAGUCACCCAUCAAUCUCUGAAGACUUCUUCACACAAGCGCGUGCUGCUUGACGCCGCCGGAAAUCCUCUGUUUUCUUUGCGCCGUAAAGAUCAUGGAAGCUGGGAAGGAUACAAAGGGGGAGAUAGUGAGGAGAAAGACUUGAAAUUUAGAGUGAAGAGGACGAAAAAGAAGCUCACCAGAACUGAGUUGGAAGUGUUUCUUGUUGGUGAGAACUCGUCAGAUUCAGCCGAUUUCAAAGUGAAGGGCUUUCCUUUCCAGAAAUCUUGCACCAUCUACAGAGCCAAUGAGAUAGUUGCUCAGACGAGUCUUAUGUACAAAUUGCACCAGCUUAUGCCAAAGAGAGGAAAAUUUCGACUAACUAUAUUUCCUGGACCCGUGGAUCAUGCUUUGGUAGCGGCCUUGAUUGUAAUAUUUCUUGAUUGAUCACGGAUUAUAGAAGAACUGGAAUCCAACAUUUUCAAAAUUAUCAACGCAACAGUGCUACAACACAAACCAACAGGGGCAGAACCAACGAGAUGCGAAGACAUGAAGUAGUUAAAGCCCUCGAUACUUAUAAACAGACUGGUUGGUCCGUACGUUAUGAGCUCUGCAACCAUUUUUCCCGUUCACGAGUUCGAUUAUAAUUCGUUGUCAGCUGUUAGGCGCGGUAUGGUGUACUUCAGCAUUACUUGUUAAAGAUCAAUGAUCAAGUAGUUUAUGUUUUCGCUUUUC